AUGGUUAACUUCAACAUACGAUCUCAAACUUACCCUAAAGACAACAAGAGCAAUCCAUAAUCUCGAGACACCAUAGAAAGCCUUGACUAAUGUGCUCUUACAAUCGACAACGGAGGUCCUCAUCAAGAAAACUGUACCAUUUGCUAUAAAAAACUUUGCUCUAAAUGCUUUAAACAAUUAGAACUCUUCUCCUCGAAAAGAACUUAGGCUUUUUAAUGUCCACAUUGUGAAGAAAUAAGGGAAUUGAAAAAUACUAUCAAAUGCUUUAUCUUGAACACUCUCUAAUUGAUUCUACUCCUAUCUACCUUACCAAUUGUGGCAUUUGCACUUGCUCUCAUUAGAACUGAAAAGCUUAUACAAGUAAUAGAAACGAAAAUAGAGAGCAUUUGCAUAAUUUUGAUUGUUAACUUGCUUUUGAGCAUACCUAUAUACAUUGGAGAACUUAUAAUUUGUAUUUUCAUUGCUCCUUUCUAAAUUAUCCUUGGAUUUCAAGAAGCCAUAAGGCAAAGGGACUUAAUAAUUCUGAAAAGAGUCUUCUCAUAAUAAUGA